UGUGCAAUUGUAGAUGAAUAAUCUCUCCGUUGUCCCGAACGAACGUUUGGUGGGAUAAACCAAAUCAUUCCAUCAGUACAUUUGAUCAGAGGUAGGUGCAUCUUUGUGAUCAAACUGCUCAACUUUUCUAAGAUGAAGAACAGCCUGCACAUCAUUACCUUCUGCGCUCUGGUUGUACUGGUCCCGGUUGCCGACGUGUUUCCCUCGGGGGCGGCAUCCCAGGCGUGCGUGACGAUGGCCCCGAGACAUCGUAGCACCACCGACCCGGACCUAGUGAUAGCGCCUCAGGAGUCUAUCAGUCCGUACAGCAUCGUGGCUGAGGGGACAACGUAUACUCCAGGCGGAACAGUCUCUGUUUCUAUACUCGCCAAGACGCGAGACAUCACCUUCCAAGGAUUCCUCAUCCAGGCCCGCACCGUAGGCAGCCCACUACCCGUUGGCAGCUUCCUGGCCGGUACUGACGGAGCCAGCAAGCUACUCUCCUGUAACGCCACUGGGGAUUCCAUCACCCACACCGGGCCCGAGGAGAAACAGUCCGGCAUGUCCUUCACAUGGCAGGCGCCCGCGGCGAGCGUUGGGAAAAUCCAGUUUAUCCUGGCUGCUGUGAAGAAUCACGACGUGUACUGGGUGAGAAUGGAAUCGAAUACACUCUCUGCAUCGGCUUCCCUGUCUGCCAGCAUGCCCAUGCUCUGCUUCCUUCUUGCGGUAACCAUGGCGACAAACACCCUAUGAGUUGAUUGGUGUGUCCAACCUCUUUCCUUUCCCGAAUAACGAAAACUUCCACUUUUUUAGACUCAGCAGUUUGAUUCAUAAAUAGCUUACGAUCGAAUAUUCACAUUAUUUCCUAGAGGCACAGGUUUUGUUUAUUUCAGAUAUUCGUUAGAUGCGUUACU